UUAUUACAAAACUAUUUUCGUAUUUCCCUGUAGCGUAACGAAUUUAUUUAGGUUAAUGAAAAUAAACAAUCCCGGCUGUAAACGUGCACGCGGUAUUUAAUUAGAUGAACAUACAGUUCUAUUGACUUAAUAUCAAUUUAAUAAAAUUGAUAACAAAAAUGAAUUUGAAUGGAGACCCAAACACAGACGAUUAUUUUGUCACAGCCGUUCACAUUUUCAAAUACUGCGGUGCUGAAAGCACAGAGACUUUAAGAGUUGAUGCGUUAAUGGACAAGUUUGCGCCUUUUAUCAAAACAAACAAGGCUGAAUACAGUUAUUUAAAAUCACUGCUGGAUCCAGAAGAAAAUAAUCCUGAAGUUUCAGUUUUGACAUUGGCAUCAGUUUUAAAUAAAUACAGUGAAAAUCAGAAGAUCAAGGCUGAUUUAGAUGAAAGUUUCAAUUUAAAGAAUGGACAAGGGCCACAUGACUCGGAUUCCGGGAUUUCAACAGAAGGUUUCCAACUGCUGGAGGAUUUGCAAUGCGAGCUGAAAGAGAAGGCGCACCUGGCGCAGCAGCUGCGCAGCCAGCUCGACUUCACCGACAGACAGCAUGAGGAGCAGCUGGCCAGUGUUACCGCGGAGCGGGAUUCACUACUCGCACACCUUAAUUUAUUGCGCGAGGAGAAUAUAUCUCUGAGCCACGUGAAGCGCGACUACGAGGAGACGUGUGACAGGCUGUGCUGCAGCGAGCGAGCACUGGACGAGGCUACACGAGACCUCGACGUCACCAGGAAACGAGCCAGAGUCUUAGUGGAACAGGUUGCUGCGCUAGAGUCUGAGAAAGUAAUCCUCCAAGAGUUGUUGAACAAAUCGAAGGAGGAGUGUCACCGUAUUAAUGAGAUGUAUGCGAGUCGUCAGAGCGCGUUGCUGGAGGAGUGCGAGACUCUGCGCGGACAGCAUGCUGACCUCACCUCCAGGUUACAGGACCACGACCACUACAUGCAGCAGCUCAUCAAGGAGAAGGUGCUACUUGAGAUGGAGUUAAAAGAUGUAUUUAACAAAUCUAACGCAACACAGCUUCGUAUGGACCGGUCCAUUGACGUCAGCUACACAGAUGAUCAGAUGCUCACAGCACUUGACAGUCUUAACCUUGAUACGCAGUUCUCACAAGCGUAUUGUUCAGUGUCGACUCAGGCGGAGGCGCCUUGCCGCGACUGUGAGGUACGAAAUGCUGAUUUACAACAUAGGAGUCUUAGGAGAUACUUUUGGGAGCCACUGAAGUGCCUGUUGCAAGUGUUCGCUGUUGUGUGCUUUGUGUGCGCGGCUUGUGUGCUAUACAACGUGAGCCGGGCGGGAACACGCUGCCGGGAACCGUUGCCAUGGAGAUGGCUCGAUGCUCAAGAAUUUCUCGAUUUGCUGCUCAGGAUAGAAUACGUGGCUGAUGUACCUAUGUAAUAAGUGUUGGUGCUAUAUAUUUAUAGUGACUGUUUUAACCUAGUGGACGAUGUUUGCGACACUACUUGUCCUAGUGGGUGGUGAUUGCGACACUACUUGUCCUAGUAGGCGAUGAUUGCGACACUACUUGUCCUAGUAGGCGAUGAUUGCGACACUACUUGUCCUAGUGGGCGAUGUUUGCGACACUACUUGUCCUAGUGGGCGAUGAUUGCGACAUUAUUUGACUACUCGUUAUUCUUAAAGUCGUUGGUUUGUAAGGAAUUUCCUUGCUAUAGAUUUUAUAUGAGAGAAACAAUAACAUCCAGUUAGUGGUUAUAUAAUUCCUAGUAAUAUAGAUUUAUUAUAAAAAAUACACA